UUAAUAUCAGUCUCUUAUUCCCUCUUUUUCCUAUCUCUCUCCUCUAAAUUUUUCCCCCCUUUCUAAGAAUUGUAGGGUUUCAUAAACUUUCUCCUGCUUAAAUUUCAUCAAUCUCAGGUAUUUGGCUUCUUGUCUUAACUACACUUUUUUAUUCUCUGUAAUCUAUCAUGAAAUUGGUUAUGAAAUUGGUUUCUUUAAUUGCGAAAUCUGUGAAAUUGUUGUGAAGUUGAUUUAUUAAAUCGCGAAACUGCUUGUCUUAACUUCACUUUUUGUGCAUCUUAUUACCAUACUUGCCGCUUGGGAGGAGAGUUUAUCUUUAGCAAAUCAACAGGCAAAAAUUGUAAGUUUUCUGAACCUUCAUUGUACAAUCUAUCUUCAAAAUCAUGUUUUGUGUUGCUAUGCUACUUAGUUCUUACUUCUUACGGAUACUCUUCCACAAGGGAUUGUUUAGACAAUUUAUGUGUUUAGAUAAAAUUUGACAUUUAUAAGCAUCUUGUUUGGUAUUAUUUGUCUGGAGAUGAGAACAAACUUUUUCAUGAUAUAUUUGAGCAAUCUGAUGAUAUGAAAUUAGAAAAUUAGAUGGAAAAGUAUGUAUGGAAUAUUGGAAAUUGAAUAGGGAAUGAAAAAGUGGCACUUUGGGAUUUGUGUUUUUGUUUUGCUUUUAUCAAAUUAUACAAAUGGAUAUGGCAUGGAAAUUGGCUGAUUUUUCUUUAUUUGUGUUUUUGUUUUGCUUUAUCAAAUUAUUCAUGUGUUUUUGACUUAAUCAAAUUAAGCAAAUUGGUUGAUUAAGAAAAUUGGUGACCAAGAUGGUCAAGGUACGAAUGUCCAAAAUGUCGAAGUCCAAUCCAAUGCAAGGGAAUUAAUUUUGUCCAAGUCUUAUUUUGAUCAUGGCAUGCACGGUCCAAAUAAGUCAUCAAAUGGUUGUACUUUGCUAAGUACAACUAAUUAUCUUGUUGAAGGGACAAAUUGAACACGGUUACAAUGAAGGCGCAACUUAAACAUGGCGAUUACAAGGCUUGAUUGCAAGCCGUUGAAGAGCAUCAAUUGGAAUACAAAGGGGCGUGUUUUAAGGAGAUUUAAAGCUAGUUUUUAAUAUCAUUUAAAGCUGCAGUUUUGGAACACAAAGGGGUAUGUUUUAAGGAGAUUUAAAGCUGGUUUUUAAUCUCAUUUAAAGCGGCGGUUUUGGAAUUCAAGGGGCAGCUUUGAAUGACGGAAAUAAUGGAUGAUUUGCAAUCUCAAAUCGAUUCGAAAGACUUUAAUACAUAUGAGAACAUUGCCAAUUUAGAUGUGGACCAAGAGGUAGAUGAAGAACGAUUCAUCAAUGUAAAUGAUAAAGUGGGUAAUCCUACAACUUCUUCAAAGUCUAAAAAUACAAGUGGAACAUCCAAUAAGAAAAAUACUUCAUCUGUAUGGCAGUUAUUUGACAAGAUCAUGUUGGAUGGCGCUUUGAAAAAGGCAAAGAGCAAGUAUUGUCAAGUUGAACUUACAACAUGUGGCAAUAGGGGCACUUCACACCUUCACAAGCAUGAUGCGAAAGCAUGUCCCAGGAGACACUUACGGCUUACUCCUACUAGCCCAACACAAUUAAAGAUUAAAACAAAUAAUGAUGGAUCAAAUCUGUUGGAGUUAGGUAGUAUAAAGAAAGAUGUAUUCAAUCAAGACGUAUCGAGAAAGGACUUAGCUCACAUGGUCAUAAUGCAUGCAUAUCCCUUGUCAAUAGUGGACCACAUUAGAUUUAGGAGAUUUGUUUUUGGUCUCAAUUCUUCAUUUAAGAUGAUAUCUCGAACAACAUUGAAGCGUGAUAUCAUGAAAAUGUAUGAUGAAGAUAAAAAAGCACUCAAGGCAUUAUUGUAGCAUAAUAAGAGUAGGGUUUUAGUUACUACUGAUAUGUGGACAGCCUCCAAUCAAAAGAAAGGCUAUAUGGUUGUUACUUCUUAUUUCAUCGACCAACAAUGGAUCCUUAAAAAUCGUACUUGAGGUAAUAAGUCAAUUUGUAAUUUUCAAAAAAUAAUUUAUUUACCAUAAUCUAAAAUGUUUUAUGUUGUUUUAUGAAAUUUUAAAAUGUUGUUUGCUUAUAUAUGUUAUAUAUAGGUUUUGUUAUGUUCCAUGUCCACAUUCAAUAGGAGUUUUAGCUAAAGUUUUAAUGGAUUAUUUGUCUCAAUAUUCUUUAGAGAACAAAAUUUCUUCGAUGGUUGUGGAUAACUGUAGUACUAAUAAUGUUAUGAUGCGGAUCUUAUUGGAUAAGUUUGAGAAAAGUUCACUUAUAUUGGGUGAAAAUUUUAUGCAUAAUAGAUGUAGUGCUCAUAUUUUAAACCUUAUUGUGCAAGAUGGGUUAGAUGUGAUUAGUUCUGCGAUUGAGAAAAUUAGAGAUUGUGUUUCAUUUUGGAUGUCAACACCAAAAAGAAUUGAAAAUUUUGAUUUUGAAUUGAAGUACUAGUAAGAGGCUUAUUCUUGAUUGUAAGACUAGGUGGAACUCUACAUUUUUAAUGCUUCAAGCAGUUUUGCUUUUUAAGGAUGUAUUCUUGAGGUUAAAACGUUUGAAUAAGAGAAUGAAAUUUGAGGUUCCUAGUGAAGAAGAUUGGACUUUAGCUGCUCUUAUAUGUGAGAAGUUGGAGAUUUUUUAUGAUACUACUCUUGUAUUUUUCAGAAGGAAAUACACUACCAUUAAUUUUUUUUUUCGACGUAUUUGUGAAAUUAAAGUUGUCUUGAAGCAAUGGUAAGAAUGUGAUGUGGAAGUUAUAAAGUGUAUGGCUCAAAAAAUGCAAGAAAAGUUUGACAAGUAUUGGGAAGACAUUAAUGGAUUGUUAGCUGUUGCAUCUAUUUUAGAUCCAUAGAACAAAAUGGAUCAUAUUAAGUUUUAUUUUGACUUGUUUUAUGAUGGUGAAGCUGCGGUGCAAAUUGAAAGAACUAGAAAGCUUCUUGAUAUGCUAGUUGAUGAGUAUCAAGAGAAUAAGAAUGAGGAUUAUGAAUUACUUAGUCAAAUUUUCUUUAAGAACCGCGACAUAUGUUCUACUUUUUUUUAUAAAAUCCAGCCUUCAUUCAUACAAUAGAUUUAAAAUCCACGAAAAUAUUUUAUUUGUUUUCAAAAUCACCUUGCUUCGACAUAAUUUGCACAUUUCUCUUCAUCUUCUUCAACCUUCUUCAACCCUCUUCAACCCAUGAAAAUUUUUUGUUCUUCCUCUUUUAUUCUUCAACCUUUAACUUCUUCAAAACCCACGAAUAUUGUUGUUCUUCUUCUUUUUCAAAACCCACGCAAUUAUUUUAGGGCUUUGUAUUUUAAAGGUAUAAUCGAAAAUUGUUGUUGUUCUUCGUUUUUUUUUAGUUUUACAAGCUUCAUGGUGUUUUAGGGCUUAGUUUUUGUAUGCUAUU